UUCGUUUAAUACAAUUCAGUCUCGAUCCGCCGUUCGUCGAGACACAACGUGUCUUUUUUAGUGAAUUUGCCGAGAUCGGUUCAGUUUGCGCCGUUAACAGUUUAAGAUUCGUGAAAUUGAAACCUCAAAACGAAACCAGGGUUCGUAUAAUUCCAGUUACCGGUCGCGAUACCAAUCGGAGAAGUGUACAACGCUGACGCUGAACCGAAUGCUUUCGGAUUUGGCAUCAGCUAAAAUAUUGUGGAUAUGGAACGUGCAACAAUUUAUAUUUUUCACAAAUUUGAGUAAAGUCAAAGCUGCUAAGGAAUAAUACAUCAAAAUUAAGUGGUGAUUAUUUGUUAUAUAGUUAACUAAUGAAGAAGUGAAAACCAACAGCCAAACCGGAUUCUACUGUUUGGAUAACGAAAGUAGUGUAAAAUGUGCCAAGAAAUUGAAGUUUAACGACGAAGCAAAGUGAUCCCCAAAACAGACUAGUGCAAAACCGAUAUUUUACUGCUAAAACGUGAUUUAUCACAGACGACAUCAUGGAAUCGACGGAUUCAAAGUGGAGAAUUACGAUAGCUGCACUGAAACAGACAUUGCUUUCAUUGUCCGUAUCGCUGUCCUACUUCUGCAUCGGACUGGUUCGAGGCUACUCAGCUCCCGCCGUACCGUCAAUGAAUGACAUCAACCCUGGACUGUUGCCGAGCAAAAACAUUGCCUCAUGGGUCAGCUCAAUCCCACCAUUCGGAGCUCUGUUCGGCAGUUUGGUGGCCUUUCCGUUGAUGCACAAAAUUGGACGGAAGUAUACCGUUAUGUUAACGUCCCCGGUAUGGGUUACGGCGUGGAUCUUGAUAGCAACGGCCGAAGAUUGGAAGGUUCUGCUAAUCGCCAGGAUGCUGUCCGGAUUCGGUGCUGGGUUGACGCUUCCCUCGGCACAAAUCUACGUAAGCGAAUGCAGCGAUCCCAAGAUUCGGGGCGUUAUUGGUUCACUACCGUCCCUUUCGAUGUCCGCUGGAAUAUUGGUAAUUUACGUUCUCGGGAAGUACGUCGAGUGGCGAACGUUAGCGUGGAUCUGCUGCUCUGUAGCAGUAUUCCUUUUCAUUGCUGUGAUAAACUUUCCACAGUCCCCGGUAUGGUUGAAAACGAAGAAACGCCACGAGAAAGCACACAAUUCUGCCAAAUGGUUACAUCUCCAAGGAUUCACCUUCGACCCGAAAGCCCAGGAGGUUCAAAAAGCUGGGAGCAAUGGAACUACAAUGGAGAAAAAAUAUAAACCGUUCUCCAAGGAGGCCCUCUGCCGACGGGAAGUCCUGCUACCAUUAGCCAUCGGGUUGGCAUUACUUUCGAUUCAACAGCUGAGUGGAAUCGAUGCGGUAAUUUUCUUCACGGUGGAGAUCUUUCGAUCGGCAGGAAGCUCUCUGGAUGGUCAUCUGGCCACAAUCGUUGUUGGAGCAGUGCAGGUGUUGAGCAACUUUGCGGCACUGUUCGUGGUGGAUAGAGCGGGCCGAAAACCACUGCUGAUCAUAUCCGGUGUGAUAAUGUCGAUCGCCAUGGCUUCGAUGGGCGCUGCGUUCUAUUUAAAUUCGAUCGGCAACACAGAUUUCGGAUAUCUACCAGUGAUAAGUCUCAUAGUGUUUAUGAUUGGGUUCUCCAUUGGAUUCGGUUGUAUUCCGUUCCUUCUGAUGGGUGAAUUAUUCCCAACGGCACAAAGAAGCUUGUUGAGCUCUCUGGCAGGAUCGUUUAACUUAGCAGUGAUGUUCGUUGUCAUCAAAACUUAUCAUCCUCUGGAAGAUGCUAUAUCGACGUCUGGCACCUUCUGGAUGUACAGUAUCCUGUGUGCCAUCGGAGUCGUAUUUGUGAUAGCUGUCGUUCCCGAAACGAAAGGACGAGAUCUGGAAACCAUUCACAAACUGUUCGAAAAACGAUCCUCGUCGGCGACGAAUAAUGAUAAUGUGGAAGCAGGUUCGAAGCAUGGCCAUGACAAUGCCGCCAUGAGCAACGAAGAUGAAAUUGUUCCAUGCAGUGAUGUUAGAAAAGUAGAUACUAAAUUUUAAAGUGAUUAUUUAUUUUAGCAGAAAAAUUAAAAAUUCGAAUGGAGUUGAAA